GGCUGACGUGGACAGGACUUGAGAGAUAACAAGGACUGGCAGCAUCCGCUUCAGCAUUAAUGCAAGAGCCGAACUUCAACAACCGACUUUUACCGUGCGCGGGUACGAUCUGUUGUGAAAGUGCUGAGCCCAGAGGAGCGGUUGGGAGCCUGACAGAUACUUGAUUGUUGAAGACUGGACAAGCAUCAAAAAUGCAUCCAAAUAAUCCAUUUUUGUCGACUUCAUUACCUGUCGUACAGAUGUUUCCAGAAGAAGUUCAGAAAGAGAUAUCCUCUGAUGAGACUCUCCAGAGUCCAAGAUUUUCAUUGAUGACCAGUGAAAACUCCUGUUCACCUUGGCACCUAAAUCCGCUGAGCAGUUCCCCCUGCAUGUGCCGUCGGAGUCCUCGUCUGCUAAUGAAUGGCUAUUAUGACCUAAGUGAAGAGAGCUUCAUGGAUGAGGAAGGCAAUCUCACCCUCACGCCAUCCAAAAUAAACAUCAGUUACAAAGAAAAUCUCGUCCGAAUUUUUCGACGGAAGAGGAGGGUUCGUAGAUCAUUUGCAAGCCUUUUUUCCAUCGAUUCCUCCAGUUCCUGGUUAAACAGCAGUCUUUUCAGUGGACCUGACUGUCCUCUUGCAGAAUCCUCUUGGAUUGAUGAGGGAAGUGACUUUGACUCCAAUUUCAGUAACAACCAAGGAGGAAGCAGUGUUGACUUGUCCUUCACUGGUAAAUCUUGGCUAUCGGAAGAGAACCUGCCCUCAAUUAAUGGUGAAACCUACUCUGGAGAAAGCCUGUUGAUAAACAAAUCAACAGGGGGCUUUAUGGAACUUCCUUCUCAUUCCCAGUUAGAUCACGCAAAGUGCUUCUUCAAUGACAUGCCAAAAAGUCCAGAUUCUAUGACUGUCAAGAAUUUCUUUUUCCACCUGAUCAUUUUAGUCCUCUCAAUAUGUGUCGCCGUGUUCGCAAGAUGGUUUUUUGGAGGCGUGGUUGCUGUAUUGCUCAUGACUGUGCUGGUGUUUACGACUGUGCUGCAUACAGCAAAAUCUGCAUAUCCCUGUUUCAUUAAAUCCCACAACAUCUUGCAUCACACACAAACCGAGGAAAUCACCACAAAAAAAGAUUGAGAAUUUGAAGCUGAAUUUUACAUCAACUGCUUUAAAGAAAGACCAGUGAAGAAGUUGGAAAAAUCUUGACAAUAGUGAAUUAAUGGGAAACAAGUUGACAUUAUUUUUUGGUCUUAAGGAAAGCUUUGAACUGUUCUUCAGUUCACAAGUCUGGAGUAAAAGCUAAAUCAUUUCAGAACUCAGAGUGGUAUACUUAAAUGAGAAGGGAGCUGUCAAAGGUACUUCAAUGUAAGGAAUUAUCCAUUCUUGCCCUAACCCCAAAUCUAGAUUCAAAGAUCUUUAGAUCUGGCCCAGCUCCCUUUCCAUACUGAGCCAUUUUAAAUGAGGAGAUUUCUGUCUCCAGUGAGGAGAGGCUGGAGAAAGGCCAUUAAAAAACGGUUGGAGAGAAUUAUCCCUGGCUAGUCUUGGAUGGCUCCUAGCAGCUGACUCCAGGCAUCUUUGGUAUCCAAGGAUCUGCUACAAAUGGUGGGUCAGUUGAUGGAGACCAUUACCAAUAUUUGCCACACCAUGAUCCAUGUAAGCUCAACCAUACUGUCCACCCAGUAGAGUGUGAAUGUUGCAUAGCAAACUGCAUCAGAGUGCUCCUACAGCACUGCAAACCUAACCUACCACACUCCACCUCUGCUUAAAGAAGGAGCUAAGGACAGUGAAAGAUUCUGGCAACUGAUACCAUAGACAUUUUGGAUACCAGAUUGGAGAAGGCUGUCCCUUCUACCCUUCAAAUAAUUGUGGCUGGAAUAUGGAUUCAGCUUCUACAUUCUAAAUGACACCAUUGAAUCUGCUUUUCUGCUGAUCAGUGCCCCCUCAGAAUGAAAUUCUGGUAGCAGUGGUCAGGCACAUGUGCCCAUCCAUAAUGAAUCUCGGGACAGUAGUAUCUUGUAUGUGCUAUCCCUACAGUUACCUCAAAAAAUAUACUUUAUUCAUAAAAGUUGUGCAAGUACAUUGCAUAACAAUUCAAAUUUGGCAUUACAUAAAGUGCAAUAGAGUUCAGUUACUUUCAGCACAGUAUGUGGCACUCUGGGAUUCCACUUACAAUGACAGGUUAUACUUGCAAUAUCCGUUUCAUGUCAAAAAUUCUCCAAUGCAUUCAGCCCAGGGGAUUUUACAUGGGUUAUAGCCCUUGGUGGACUAUGGCAGGAGGGCUUUAGACUGUGGCCUUUCCCAAGUUUUAUUGCAUCCCUCAGCACAUAGAACCCUGUGCCAUGGAGCUACUUGGGAUGAAACUUGACUAAAACCACUGCAUCUCUUUCCACGCUUUCUUUGUAAAAACACAUUCCAGAAGGAGGUGGAUAGCAGUCUCUUCCCCACCACAGCCACCUUGAGGACAGCAGGGGGUGGCACUAUGACUCCUCAGACCCAUCAGCCAACAUCCUAGAAUCAUUCAUCACUGCAUCUGCAGUGCACACCCACCAGAGAUAGGAGCAUACUUUGGGAGUAAGUGGCCCCAGGAAUCCUCCAACAUCAAUAACAGACCCCAUAGCUAUGUUGGCUUCAGGUCAAUCAUUGGCAGGGGAACCUCCUGCUGAUCAUCACAUACCUCCACCAUGUUAAACCUAAGAUGUAGGAAGCAUUGAGUGUAGCAAGAAUGUGCAGUGAGUGGGGAAAUUCAUUGUCCAUCAACAAAAGUGGAUCAAUAAUCCCACCACAGGCCUAAUUCUGAAGGACAUAAUUGCCAGACUGGGCUUGUGACAAGUGGUAAGAGAGCAAACAUAGGGGAAAAGUCUAUUUGAUUCAUCUUCACCAAUCUCCCUGUCACAGAAAUGUCUGUCCAUACAGCAUUGUUCAUACUAAAAGCACACACUCCUUGUGGAGACCAAGUGCAGAUUUCAUACUGUGGAGAUCCCCACCAUGUUGCAUGGCACUACCACCGGGCUAAAUGGGACAGAUAAAGAACCGAUCCAACAGCUCGAAUGUGAGCAUCCGUGAGGUGCUCUGGGCAACUUUUUCUAUUGCCUUUUUUUGUAGAUUAAUUUCACAACUUAACAUGGUGAUUUUCUAAGUUCACAACUUUUGGGUUACUACUCCAAUGCUAUGAGUAUACAAUCAUAUACUUGCUAAUUAAUUAAUUAUUUGAACCCACUGUAUGCUAACAGUAGAAUUUCUUUAACUAGUGUAAGGUUUAAUUCAAUAGCAUGUAAAUACAAAAUAGUGUAAUGUUACUGAUCAGCAAAUUAGUGUUUGUCUUAAUAAUUAUUUCCAUUUGUUUCUCUUUUCCCUUUAUGGGAAUCUAUAAUAAGGUCAUUAAAAUCUACACAUUAAUUCCAUUGAGUCCUUGCAUCAUCUGUUAGAAGCAGAAUGGACAGUAGAUCUACUAAUGCUUGUAAAACAAUUUCAAAGCUUUAUUUAACAUUGUUUUAGCUGCUGAUCUUGCAAUAAAGAUUUAUAAGAAUUUAUGUGAAACUGUAUAAUGCUCAGAUUCUGGGAGUAUUGAAUGUAAUAGAAAUUUGCAAAUAAAGAAUUUUGAAUUUUGAA